CGGGCCAGGAGAGGCGCCCCGCCCGGGCUGCUGGCGCUGUCCACGCUGGGUUUCUGCCUGAUUCUGCAAGUCGGUGCCAAGAGGCCCCCCAAGACGCCCCCCUGCCCUCCCAGCUGCUCCUGCACCAGGGACACCGCCUUCUGCGUGGACUCUAAGGCGGUGCCCAGGAACCUGCCCUCCGAGGUCAUCUCCCUGACCCUGGUGAAUGCUGCCUUCUCAGAGAUCCAGGAUGGAGCCUUCUCCCAUCUGCCACUGCUGCAGUUCUUAUUACUCAACUCCAACAAGUUCACGCUGAUUGGAGACAACGCCUUCACAGGACUGUCCCACCUGCAGUACCUCUUCAUUGAAAACAAUGACAUCUGGGCCCUAUCCAAGUUCACCUUCAGGGGACUCAAGUCCUUGACACACCUCUCACUGGCCAACAAUAACCUGCAGACACUGCCCAGAGACAUCUUCCGGCCCCUGGACAUCCUGAGUGACUUGGACCUGCGGGGCAACGCGCUCAGCUGCGACUGCAAGGCGAAGUGGCUGGUGGAGUGGCUGGCACACACCAACACCACCGUGGCCCCCAUCUACUGCGCCAGCCCGCCCCGCUUCCAGGGCCACAAGGUGCAGGACCUGCCACUGCGGGAGUUCGACUGCAUCACCACAGACUUCGUGCUCUACCAGACCCUGUCCUUCCCAGCCGUGUCGGCUGAGCCCUUCCUUUACUCCAGCGACCUCUACUUGGCUCUGGCACAGCCGGGCGCCAGCGCCUGCACCGUGCUAAAGUGGGACUACGUGGAGAGGCAGCUUCGAGACUACGAUAGAAUCCCAGCCCCCUCGGCCGUGCACUGCAAGCCGAUGGUGGUGGACAGCCAGCUGUACGUGGUCGUGGCCCAGCUGUUCGGUGGCUCUUACAUUUACCACUGGGAUCCCAACACAACGCGCUUCACCAAGCUGCAGGACAUCGACCCACAGCGCGUGCGCAAACCCAACGACCUGGAGGCCUUCCGCAUCGACGGCGACUGGUACUUUGCCGUGGCCGACAGCUCCAAGGCAGGUGCCACCAGCCUCUACCGUUGGCACCAGAACGGCUUUUACUCCCACCAGGCCCUGCACGCCUGGCACCGUGACACCGACCUCGAGUUUGUGGACGGCGAGGGCAAGCCGCGGCUGAUUGUGUCUAGCAGCUCCCAGGCACCCGUCAUCUAUCAGUGGAGUCGAACCCAGAAACAGUUUGUGCCCCAGGGAGAGGUGACUCAGGUCCCUGAUGCCCAGGCUGUGAAACACUUCCGCGCUGGCCGUGACAGCUACCUGUGUCUCAGCCGCUACAUCGGAGACUCCAAGAUCCUGCGCUGGGAGGGUACCCGCUUCUCUGAGGUGCAGGCGCUGCCGUCCCGUGGCUCCCUGGCCCUGCAGCCCUUCCUGGUGGGUGGCCGCCGCUACCUGGCACUGGGCAGUGACUUUUCCUUCACCCAGAUCUACCAGUGGGACGAGGGGCGACAGAAGUUUGUACGCUUCCAGGAGCUGGCGGUGCAGGCCCCCCGGGCCUUCUGCUACAUGCCCGCUGGGGACGCCCAGCUGCUCCUGGCCCCCAGCUUCAAGGGACAGACGCUGGUAUACCGACACGUUGUGGUGGAUCUCAGUGCCUAGGGGUGUCAAGGCCUCUGGGCUCCUCAGGUUGGCGCUGGAGGCUGGGUGGGGCCUCUGAGCAGCACGUGUGCCUGUGUGAGCCACACUGGCCAACCUGCAUAUUGCCCACACACACAUACACACACACAUGGGUGAGCCUGGACACACACCACAGACUGGCCUGGAGAGGCAUUCCUUGUCUCUAUAAUCAGCAUGAACUCCUAUAUAUGCACCAGGUACCCAGGCACCCUGGCCCUCCUGUACGUGUGCACCGUCCCCCACAUCUGUAGGCCCCAGGGCUCUGCUUCCUUGCUCGUGCUUAGGAGUGAUGAGCUGGGCACAGGGAGGGGCAGCAGCCCACCCAUCCUGCUCUCAGCCCAGCCUUCCCACUGGCCACUUCUGGCACCCACAGAGGCCUUUCCUGUGGGCACUCCAGGUGUGUCUUCACCUGUUCACACUCCAUGCUGCAGCCGCAGCUGUCAGCUCCCAAGUGCACCCACUCUUGCCACGCCUCUAGUGCAUACACACCUGGA